AUGACUGGUUUACAAAGGUCAGAAAUGUCCUUCAGAAGGCAAGGCUCAUCAGGGUUGGUAUGGGAUGACAAGUUAACUUUGGAGGUGAAGAAGAUCGAAAACAACAACGACGACGACGAACCAAGAAUUGAGUCGAAACCCGCGAUUACACACAGUCGAUCGAACGGAGGUAAUGCAUAUCGGUGUAGGACAGUUACACCGGCAGUCGAUCCGCCGUCUCCGAAGGCCUCUGGUUGUGGAAUUUGUGGCAUAUUUGGGAAGCCAGUUUCUUCACAGAAACAAAAACCUAGAAACC